UCAGGCUGCCCGGUGCCUGCUGUCGAGCCAGACGAUCCGGUACCUGAUGACCGGGUGCCCGCUGUCGUGCCAAUUGACUCAGAGCCCACUGUCGUGCCUGGUGAUUUGGUGCCCACUGCCUUGCCAGAUGACGCGGUGCCCGCUGUCGAGCCAAAUGACCUGAUGCCUGGUGACCCGAUGCCCGCUGUCCAGCCAGACGAUCCAAUGUCUGACCCAGUGCCAGCGGUCAUGCCAGUUGACUCGGAGCCCACUGUCGUGCCUGGCCUGUCGCUCCGCCUGGGGUCCGGCGCCCGCCGCUCCGCCUGGGGGCCCGAUGCCUGCCGCCCCGCCUGGGGGCCCGAUGCCUGUCGCCCCACCUGGGGGCCCGGUGCCUGUCGCCCCGCCUGGGGGCCCGGUGCCUGUUGCCCCCGCCUGGUGGCCCGUGUGCUGCUGCCUGGUGGCGGUUUGCUUUGCCUGGUGAUCCGAUGUGCCUCUGCCCGGAGUCCAGCCCGAUGUGCCUCUGCCCGGAGUCCAGCCCGAUGUGCCUCU